AUGCCCAACAAUACCCAGAAAGUCGCAUACACCGUCUACCCCCCGCCAGGACCCCCAAAGGCCCCAGGGCCCCCAAAAGCCCGUAUCUCGCACCAACUCUACCUCGGAAUCAGGCCCGCCACCGAGAGCGCCCCGGCCCAUUUCGGAAUCAUCGUGCGCUUCCCAGAGCAGCACCCCGAUGGCGGCGACUGUACGUGGUACCACUGCUUGGGAUCUGGAUCCAGUGAAGACCCCUAUCGGCGCGCCGUGAAUUCGCCAAAUUUCUUCGAGGACAAGACGUUCAAAAGAAGGGUGCCUAUUGGCGCUCUGCAACAGACCCAGCUUAAAGCAUUCUUGCGGGCGUUCAAGAAGACUAGACCACAGCCGGCCGAGUUCUUUGUCUCCAGCUUCCUUUACCGGUUGGGUCGGGUGGGUGUGCUCAAGGAGUAUGAGCUCGUUCACUUUCUGAGAGAGCUGGGGGUGUCGCUUGAGGGGCUAGACAGUGACCCAGAGUAUGAGUCGGAUCCGGACCUUGAGAAAACAGUUACUAGUCCGCUUCCUUAUCCCUCUGAGAUCUGA